CAGCGCUACGAACCAGUUGACGUCCCAGCGUUCAGCCCGGCGCACGUCUACUUUUCGUGUUCCUUAUUUUUAUUUUUCCUGUCCUGUUGCGAUAGCGUAAUUAUUUUUUUUUCUACAUUCGGUUCCUCUCACUUCAUCGUUCAGCUGAAAAUCGAAAUUAUUUUUUUUUUAUUGUGAAUCAUCGUUCAACAACCCUCCACCCACACAUUCAUCUACAUACAUCGAAAGUGAAUACGUCACGUAUAGACUCUGGAGUUUGGGUCUAUUAGCAUGACAGUUUUCUGAUUUACCGAUCAGUUGAAAAAAAAAAAAAGUUAUUUUACAAAUAACAACGUUCCUACCCUUCGAUUUUGAGCUACGAUUUACGUCAUCACACACAUCAUUCCGGAGUGAAUUGUUUUUUUGAGUUAUCGCGAACGCAACAUUUUCGGAGAUCUUUUCAUCUAUUAAGGAGCUCCGGGCCAGCCAUAGGACAGGACAUGGUUUCACGACGCCGCAUACUGUCACGAUCCCGUGACGAUCUCCACUUGGACAACUUCCCCGAAGAGGAGGAUGACGUCUGGCACAUCAAGGAGAAACUCUACAAGGAUCACAUCCAAGAGGUGCUGGACAAAUGGCAUCAAAUCGACGACGAAAUCUGGGCCAAGCUCAUCGUCAUGGAGCGCAAUCGUCGUGUGGCCAAAGCGUACGCCAGGGCCAUUCCCAUUCAGAUUAACGGAAGCGACGAUGGAUUCGACGGUUUUCGGAUCGGAUUGAACGGUUUCGACAACCCGAUGCGCGACAACCGGACCGAGGAGGCCAAGCGUCAAAUCGGCGAGGGCGCCAAGGUGCGCAUGGACGAGAAAGGCAACAUCCACAUCAAGCGCGUCUCCAAGAGCAACAUCUACAUCAAGAACACUUCAGAUGAGAACGGCAUCGGCAACGACAUCCUUAAGCUGCCGCAAGGAGCUUUGGAAUUCGGCAAGGGUUACCUGCUGUUUGAUAUGAAAAAGUUCCAGCAGAACGUGUCCCGCGAGCUGAAACGCGCCUACCCGGACCGCCGCAAGUUGGAGAUGCAAUGCAUCACGGCCAUUGCCUUCGCCAAGAACGAUAUGGAGCUGCUCAACUGUCCUUGCUGGGUCAUGAUCGUCAACAUUGUGGCCAUGGAUAUGCUCAAAUCAAAGAUGCCACCUGUUAGUAAGCGCAACGACAUCCGCAACCGACCGCGCAUCCCGAUCCCCGACGAGGACCCGUACAGUGUGGCUGGCAGCGGCUCGAGCGGCAGCUCGUCGCACAACGGCAACAGCAACAACGGAAGCGGUUCCGCUCCGGCCAAUUCUAACGGCGUCGUUGGUACUAAACGUGGCGACAAACCACCAAAGCUGCCACCACGCGAUAAUGGCAUCUAUGGCUCCAACAUUCCAAAACCGGAUUACGACGAGAUUGACGAGAACGGAUACAAAGCCUUUGCCACAACCCGUCCCAGCAAGGAAAAGCUAUUGUCGACCGACAAAAAAUACGACGAUCCCUAUUACUGCGGUCUACGUGCUCGCGUCUCCAACUUUGUCAAGAACAAGAACACGAAGGAGCCGGUCAAAGAGAGUGGAACUGAAAUCAAGAUGAAGAUGACUCCUCACGUAGGCACAUACCAGGCCGCCUUGUCCCACGGACAUCCCAUGCAGGCCCAUCAAAUGUGGCAUUCGCGAAGCUUCGACAGUGGAAUGGCCUCGCUGCAGAGCAGCGUCACACCCGAUAUCCACCGGUUAUGGAAAGCUUAUCCUUUCGAACGCAAUCCUACGUCGUGGGUACCUUCCCAUCCAUCCCAAUUACACGGAUACAGCCCAGAAACAGAGCUCACAGACUCGGCUUACUCCCGCAUCUACGGCCGCUUGCCGAUACCGCGCAGUUAUGUCCCAAUUGCAGCGCCGUCGCGAGCGUCUUACUACGGGGAGUGGAAUUGACGUCAUUUUCGAGCAUCUUCGGUGAUGGCGCCGUCAUCUCCCUA